CUCCUAUAAAUGGUAAGGCAAUCCUUGGCGCCUGUCUCCCCACACCAUCUCUGUCCUUCCCAGAGGAGCCCCAGGAAAGGCAGCAGAAGCCGAACAUGAGUGCUUUAGCGGUCCAAAAUGUCAACUGGCAGAUGCCCGUGAAUCGGAGGGCACAUCACACAGACAAGUUCUCCAGCCAGGAUUUCAUUGUUCGGAGAGGACAACCUUGGGAGAUGGUGAUAUUCUGCAACAGAAGUCUUCAGUCUGGAGAUGAUCUGAACUUCAUCGUUUCCACAGGUCCCCAGCCCUCAGAGUCGGCCAGGACAAAGGCUGUUUUUUCCAUCUCUGGGGGAAGUAGAAGUGGCUGGAAUGCAACGCUCAAGGCCAACGAAGGCAAUAAUCUGGUCAUUGCGAUCGCCAGCCCCGCCAAUGCACCCAUCGGAUGGUACACAAUGAAUGUUGAGAUCUCCUCCAACGGCAGGGCCUCCUCUCAGAAACUCGGAACAUUCAUACUGCUCUUCAACCCAUGGCUGCAAGCGGAUGAUGUUUUUAUGAGUAACAAUGCUGAAAGACAAGAGUACGUUGAGGAGGACUCUGGCAUCAUCUACGUGGGCAGCACAAAUCGGAUUGGCAUGGUUGGCUGGAACUUUGGACAGUUUGAAGAAGACAUUCUGAACAUCAGCCUCUCCAUUUUGGAUAGGAGUCUGAAUUUCCGCCGUGACCCUGUCACUGAUGUGGCCCGCAGAAAUGACCCCAAAUAUGUUUGCCGGGUGCUGAGUGCCAUGAUCAAUAGCAAUGAUGACAGCGGUGUUCUUUCUGGGAAUUGGAGUGGCAAUUAUGCUGGUGGCCUGGACCCAAGGACCUGGAAUGGCAGUGUAGAAAUCCUCAAGAACUGGAAAAAAUCUGGCUUCAAGCCAGUCCAAUAUGGCCAGUGCUGGGUCUUUGCUGGGACCCUCAACACAGUGCUUCGUUGCUUGGGGGUUCCCUCUCGGGUGAUCACCAACUUCAACUCAGCUCACGACACAGAUCGCAACCUCAGUGUGGAUGUGUACUAUGACGCCAUGGGAAAUCCCCUGGAGAAAGGCAGUGACAGCGUAUGGAAUUUCCAUGUCUGGAAUGAAGGCUGGUUUGUGCGGACUGACCUAGGCCCCUCGUACGGUGGAUGGCAGGUGCUGGAUGCCACCCCCCAGGAGAGAAGCCAAGGUGUGUUCCAGUGUGGUCCUGCUUCGGUGAACGGCAUCCGAGAAGGUGAUAUAAACCUGAAUUUUGACAUGAUCUUCAUCUUCGCGGAGGUGAACGCGGACCGCAUCACCUGGAUCUAUAAUAGCAGGAAUGGCAGCCAGAAGCAGAAUUCUUUGGACACUCACUCCAUCGGCAAAUACAUCAGCACCAAGGCCGUGGGCAGCAACUCUCGCUUGGAUGUCACAGACAAGUAUAAGUAUCCAGAAGGUUCCAAUGAGGAAAGACGAGUGCAUCAAAAGGCUCUGGGCAAACUUAAGCCUAAUGCAUCUAUAGACCCAACAUCUAGGAGAGAUGUGGCAGGCGAGGAAGGGGCACCCAGCAUUUCCGGGAAGUUCAAGGUCACCGGUGUGCUGGCAGUGGGCAAAGAAGUCAGUCUGGCCUUGAUACUCAAAAACCUGACUACAGAUAGGAAGACAGUGACCGUGAACAUGACGGCCUGGACCAUCGUCUACAACGGCACCCUUGUCCACGAAGUAUGGAAGGACUCUGCCACAAUAUCCUUGGAUCCCGAGGAAGAAAUACAGCAUCCUAUGAAGAUUGCAUAUUCUCAGUACGAGAGAUACUUGAAAGCAGACAACAUGAUCCGGAUCACAGCCGUAUGCAAGGUGACAGAUGAGGCUGAGGUGGUGGUGGAGAGGGAUGUCAUCCUAGACAACCCCACCCUGACCCUGGAGGCGCUGGAGCAGGCUCAGGUGCAGAAGCCUCUGAAUGUGCAGAUGCUUUUCUCCAACCCCCUGGAUGAGCCAGUGAAGAACUGUGUGCUGAUGGUGGAGGGCAGCGGCCUGCUACGUGGCAACCUCAAAAUCGAUGUGCCAGCCCUGCGCCCCAAGGAGAAGUCCCGGAUCCGAUUUGAGAUUCUCCCCACCCGGAGUGGCGUCAAGCAACUGGUCGCCUGACUUUUCCUGCGACAGAUUCCCUGCCAUCAAGGCCAUGCUGUCCAUUGAGGUGGCCGAGUGAAGGACCCAGCGGCACUCCCACAAACUUGGGUAACACAGACCAGACAGGGCUCUCCUGGGGAGCGAAACUAUACUGUCCAGCUUGAGAAGCCUUCUGUGUCCCCAUGGCUGCCAGACAUGGACUUCUAGCAAGCUCCUACCCAACCCCCUUCACCUCAAGCUAGGCCAGGUCCACCCUGGUCUAGGACUUGACCAUUUUUUGCACAUUUCCCCAAUUGCUUCCCAUGGAGAUGCCUAUUCUGUGAGCCCUUUAACCCUGUUGAUCUCUCACACCCAUCAAUGCUGCGACAGAGCAGCACCUACCCUAGGAACUCAACGUAUCCUGGGAAGAAGCCAGCCCGGACUGUUCGCUGAUCCCCAGCCUGCAAUUGGGAUAGCUGUUUCCCCCUCAGACUCCAUGGAAUACAAGGAGUAGUUUAUCACAUACCACAGCACUCACAUCCUUACAGUCAAAAUAAAUGUUAAACAAGUGCAAUCAUACAAUGCCGAUUCCAUCCUUACAGUCAAAAUAAAUGUUAAACAAGUGCAAUCAUA